GUCCCUCAGCUCUACGUCUACCCCAUAAAAGCCCUCCGCCCCAUCCCCCUCCAAUACGCCCAACUCACCCCCCAAGGCAUCAAAUAUGAUCGCACCUUCAUGCUGUACCACGUCAAAACCAAAGCGGAAGCCAACGAUGGCAGCAGCUCCACCACGUCGACCGAGUUGAAGAAGAUGCAACUCUCUUCCUACCCGCAAUGCGCAUUAUUCGAACAGACCAUCCUUUCACGCGAUAAUGGGCAGAAGGAAGUUCUCGUGAAAUGGCACGCCCCGUCUCUACCCACCGAGGGUACAGGUAGUGAAAGUGGAGAGGAGCUGGGAAAAGAGCUAGAGCAGGCAGAGAGGGAACGGCUAAAGAGGCUGGAAACGGAGACGAUCACCGUUGAGCUUGAUCCGCCGCCGAAGAUCGACGAGUUGGAGAAGAUGGAGGUAAAUCUGCAUGGGAGCCCGACGACGUGCUACCAGGUUGGGGAGGAUUACGACCGGUGGUUUUCGGAGCGGUUUGGGUUUGAGGUUGUUUUUGUUUAUCUUGGGGAUGGGAAGAGGCAGAUCUUGGGGACGAGUUUACUGCCACCAGCGACGUCCCGGCAACAGCAGCAACCGCCCGGAGGAGGAGGGGGAUGGCUCUCCACACUAACAAGUCUAACCUCCUGGUUCCCCACCGUUUCGAUCUCCAUCCAAGCAGAACGCGAAGAAGACCGGAAGCCAAAGCCGUGGAUCACAUUUACCGAUUGCGCCCCCUUGUUGAUCACCUCGGAAUCUUCCCUCUCUAACGUCUCCGCCCGCCUCGCUCCCGACAUGGACUCUACUUCUUCCGAAUCAACACCUCUGCAAGUCCCAAUGUACAAAAUGCGCCCUAACCUCGUCUUGGACGGUGAAGGGGAGGAGGCGUGGGCAGAAGAUUACUGGGGUGAACUUGUCGUUACCUCGAGUUCCAAUUGCUCGCCGACAAACGGCAACGCCAACGGCAAGACAAAGAUAACAAAAACGAAACUUUACCUCACAGGCAAUUGCGUCCGCUGCACCAGUCUUAACGUCGAUUACGACACGGGCAAGCCGGCCAAAGGGGAGAUGGGGACUGUUCUCAAAAAGCUGAUGAAGGAUCGGAGAGUGGAUUCGGGGAUCAAGUGGAGUCCUGUGUUUGGGAGGUAUGCAUUCGUGGGGGAUAGUGUUGGCGAUGGAGGGGAUGAGCAAGAGCAAGAGGAAGAGCGAGAAGAAAGGGAGCCGGAAGUAUGGAUCAGCGUGGGCGAUGAGGUGCAGGUGACGAGGAGGAAUGAGGAGAGGACGGUUAUGGAUUGGCCAUUUUGA